UGUUUUAAUUAAGUUAAAACAAAUAUAUUGUUCUCGUCAUUAUUAAUAUGCAGAACUUUUCUUUGAUACAUUCAACCUGUUUAAUUAUCAAUAUUGUUAUUGUAUUCCAAAUAAUCUUCUUGGAAUUUAUAUUCAUGAUUACUUGAUCUCCUAUAAUUGACUCUGUCGUACGUCCCGUAGUGCCCCGACGUACGACACAAAAAGUAAUGCACAAAUUAAAUAAUGUUUUUAGAUGACGAGUUCGUCUUAAUUAGCAAGUGGUACAGUUUUGGCUUUUUACUCUCCAACCUGAGGGUUAAGGGUGCGAAGAGAAUACCGAGCAAAACGGGUACAUUAUUUUUUUUUUGUUUUUGUUUGUUAGAUCGUCGCGAGUGGCCGAUUUGAAUUUACAGUUAUUUAGUAAGCUCGAGUGUAAGAGCGUCUAAGUGAGGUUAGGUGAUGUAGUGUUGCUUGGAGCUACAGUAUCACGCUGUAACGGUGGUCACGCCGCGGUUGAUAAUUCAAAUCAAAACGUGUUUAUUUAUUAUAAGUGAUAAUAUUCGAUUUUCGGUUCUCAGGGCACUAACGGUUAUACGAAUUAGUUGUUUAUUUAUUUAUUAAUAUUUUUUUUGUGUGUGUUGUUUUUGUUUAAGAAAAUAAUUCGUGAGUGUUCGGUUCCCAGCGAAUAAAAUGGCUGAUGAGGAAACAAUACGCGCACCAACAUACACCGAACUUAUUAAACUUGUAAAUAAUCUGAAGGCCCAGGUGGAUGUCCUACAAAGUGUUACAUCGACUUCCUCCACUAUUGCAGCUAACCACUGUGCAUUGGGUCGGAUGCACACCAGUGAAGACGCAUUGUUGUCAGAUUUAACAUCCUGGUGUCGCAUGACUAAUCUGAGAUCAGCAAAGGGGGUAAUUCUCUAGAACAAAACAGAAAUAGCAGAGGACAUUGUUCAAAUUUUAGAGAAGACAAGACCAAGGUGGUUUAGAACAAAAACUUACUUACCGAUAGUAAGUGACCAGGAGGCUAAAUUCCAAAAUAAGUGGCCAAGGGCUUCUUGGAGAAGCAGUAAGCUACAAACCACUGAUGGUGCUAAUACUGAUAAUCGAAUGGAGCAUAAGGUUGGAUAUAUGACCCAUGAGUGUAAUAGGUCUAAAAGACCGAGGAAGUAUUUUAAGUGUUCGGUAGAAGGACAUAUGGCUCGGGAUUGUCCAACAUCUGCGAAAGUGACAGUUAUAAAUAAUAAUAGGAGCCGACGACAGAAAUAUAAAAGAAAUAACUAUUAACGACCAACUUGUCACUGUGCAUGGUUUAAUAAAUACAGGGAGCGAUUAUUCUUUUAUUAAAUGCAGUGUGGUGGAUAAAUAUAAGUUACCAGUGGUACCUAAAACAGUAAACUUCAUGGUAUUCGGAAAUAGCCAAUAUACUGUGAGUGGUGGGAAAACUACGGCUGUAGUCAAAAUUGAUGAGGUUUAGGAACCUUUAAAGUUUAUGGUAGUGGAUGACAAUAAACAGAACCAUGAUAUCAUAAUUGGUAGAAAUUUUACAGACCUGGAAGGAGUAACUUUUGUAAAAACAAUCAAUGGAUUACAUUUUGGACAUGGAAUUGAAUUCCCAUUUGAGAAAGAAGCAACCAUUGAUGACAGCAUGGAGGUGAAAAAUCAAGAAGUAGUACUAAUUGUUCAGAAGGAUGGCGGUCUAGAAGAAAUUACUAUGGACAUAGUCAACUAUAAUUCUAAUUUCAACCAGAGACAAGUAAACGAACUUGUUAAUUUGCUAAGAGUUCCGAAUAUGCUUUGCGUUUAGUUUACAAGAUUAGGGUGUACUAGUUACAUGACUAUGGACAUUGUGGAUACAAAUUUGCCAGUGGUAAGCAAGCCGUAUAGAGUCAGCGCUUCAGAAAGGAGAACGAUUGACUCCAUAGUACAAGAAUGGAAAGAUAAAGGGUUAGUGACUGAAACUAAGUCACCUUAUGCAUUACCAGUUCUACUUGUGCCAAAGAAAGAUGGAAAACAACGUCUUGUGAUAGAUUACAGGAGGUUAAAUGCUCAGACGGUUAAAAAAAAUGAUCUCACGCCAAAUGUAGAUGACCAGUUAGAAACACUGUGCGGAUAUACUUUAUUUACAACAUUAGAUUUGUCAGCUGGUUAUCUGCAGGUGCCGUUGACUGAAGCUGCAAAAGAAAAAACUGCGUUCAUAACACCUACAGAGACUGGUAAAUUCGGGAGAAUGGUGUUUGGAUUAGCAAAUGCACCAUAUGAAUUUUGAAAGUUAAUGCAACAAGUGAUAGGACAUCUAAGAAAUAAAAUAGCAGUAUGGUACAUGGAUGAUGUAUUAGUACCAGCAUUUAAUUUUGGUGAUAUGAUGAGACGAUUAAGAUUAGUGUUCACAGAAUUGAAAAAGGCAAAGUUAACACUAAAAUUGCAUAAGUACCACUUUGGAUGCGAAGAAGUGACAUAUUUAGGUUUUAAUAUUAGCACUGAUGGUAUUAAACCUGGACGAAAUAAACUUGACGUUGUAAAAGAUUUUCCUUCAUCAAAAAGUAAGCAUGAUGUUAGACGUUUUUUGGAUUAAACGGGUUUCUUCCACCUAUUUAUUCGCAAAUAUGCAGAGAAGGUUAAACCGAUAAGUGAUUUACUCAAAAAUGAAGCUAUUUAUGUGUGGAAGAAUGAACAAAAAGAAGCGUUCCAACAGUUGAAAAAUGCAUUAACAGAGGAACCAACUCUGAAACUAUAUGAUACGUGUGCAGUGACAGAGGUACACUGUGAUACCAGUUCAAUAGGAUUAAGUGGUAUGUUGUUGCAACAGGAUGUUGAUUGCAAACUGCGAUUAGUGCAUGCUGUUUCCAAAAAGACGACAGAUGCCGAAAGCAAAUAUCAUUCGAGCCGUCUCGAGUUAAUGGCAAUAGUUUGGACUUUAACUAAGUUAAGACAUUUAUUGAUUGGUAUUCAUUUUGUUGUAGUUACCGAUUGUCAAGUAUUGGUCCAUAUGAACAGUAAAAAGACAACAAACCCUCAAAUUGUCCGUUGGGCAAGUUUGCUUAGUUAAUUCAAUUUUGAAGUUCGCCAUAGGCUGAGGGAGGCUAUGCAACAUGUUGAUGCAUUAAGCAGAGCUCCUGUGGAUCCUAGCACAGGUGAGACUAUGGAUCAAAUAAUAAGCAAAAAGUUGGAGGUAUUAGUGACAAUGAGUGAAGAAGAAUAUGUGGUAGCUAUGCAAAACAGUGAUGCAGAAUUAAAAACUAUAAUAUCAGAACUAACUAGUGAAGCACCAUCAUUGACAGUCAUGUCAAAAUAUGAGAUUAUCAAUGCUAUACUGUAUCGGAUAAUUUCGUAAAAUGGUGAAAAAAAGAAACUAUGGGUGGUUCCAAAAUCAAUGCGCAAAAGUUUGGUAAUUAAGUUUCAUGAUAUGUCGGAUCAUUUCUCAACAGACAGAACAGUAUCUAAAAUACUAGAGAAGUAUUACUUCCCUCGCUUACGCAGGUAUGUUAAACAUCACAUUAAUAUGUGUGUUGCCUGUGUUGUGAACAAAGCGCCCCGUGGAAAGUAGCCGGGAAAACUUCAUCCCAUUGAACCCGGGAAGAGGCCCUUCGAAACGAUACAUAUUGAUCAUCUUGGACCCUUUCCGACUAGUUCAAAGAAAAAUAAUUAUCUGUUACUGCUUACAGAUAAUUUGACUAAGUUUGUCAAGCUUUUUCCAGCAAGUAGUGUCCAUACUAAAGGAGUCAUACGCCAAUUAAAGUCAUUCACUUUGCAAUUUGGGCUACCCAGGACAAUCAUAUGUGACCGUGGAACAGCAUUUACCUCAGAACAGUUCAGGAAGUAUUGCCAUGAGGAAGGAAUUGAACUUCAUUUGGGGUCAAUCAGACAUCCACAAACAAAUAGACAAUGUGAGAGAGCCAAUUCGACAAUACUAUCAGUAAUUACUACUGACACUGAUAAAGAGUCCACAUGGGACGAAAAACUACCCGAAGUGGAGUUUAAGCUGAACAAUAUGCUUAAUAAGACUACUGGAAAGUCACCAUUUCAAGCUCUGUAUGGAUAUUCACCAAUGUUACAAGAUGGUUUCUUAGACAAACUUGUGACAGUAACAACAUUAACCGAAGAUCCGGUAGACUCACAGACCAGAAUCAGAGAGAACAUUGCAGAAGCUCAACAGAAAUGGAAACAGAGGUAUGACAAACGAAAGGUGGAAGCAAAAUUUCAAGUUGGAGAAAUUGUGUUUCUACGUUGCCCUCCUGUGCCACUGGUACAUCAACAAAAGUAUAGAGGACCACUUGUGGUAACUAAGGUAUGUGAUGGGGAUACUUACAAGAUUGCUUCAGUGCGUCCUACCCACCGGCGACUGUAUGCUACUACAGCUCAUGUUAGUCUCUUAAAGCAGUUCAAUAGUCAAGCUCAAGUGGAUGACAGUACAGAAAAAGAAGGAGGAAGCGAGUCGGAAGAACCUGAACCAACGGUGGAAGUAGGAAGACCAAGACGUAACGUUGCAAUACCCAAAAGGUAUAAAGGUUUUGUUAUGUGAUUGAAAUGAUUAUGCUCGACAAGAGGAUGAACUGUUAAUUAUAUUAAAUUGUUUUCUUUGUGUGAUUUAUUUGUUAAGUAUAAAUAAUUAUUUGAAAAUUUAUGUUUGUUUCAAAAAAAAUUAUGGUUUUUACUAGUUAUUCUGUUAUAUAUAAAUAUUGAUUAUUGUUAAAGAAUUAUUAAUGAGGUCAUUAAUUGUGUCAGCACGCCCAAAUGAUUUGUGGAGGGGAAAAAAAAGGAAAUAAUAGAUAAGUGUGUGUGUGCCUGUGUGGCGGUU